AUGUCUGUGGAACUUCCGGUGUUUGACAUUUCAAAGCCUCUAAGCGAGUCAUCGCUGACGUCACUACAAGAUGCGUGUAAGGAGUGGGGUUUCUUCUACGUUACCAACCAUGGCGUCUCCGGCGAUAUGUACCAGAAACUACGACGUUUCUCCGGCGGAGUGUUCGGGCUCCGAGAUGAGGAGAAGAUGAAGAUGUGUGCCUCUAAUUACACUCCUCGUUUCAUUGCAUCUCCUUUCUUCGAAAGCCUCCGUGUCUCCGGUCCCGAUUUCUACGCUUCGGCCAAAUCUUCCGUUAAUGCCUUUUCCGAUCAAGCUAAGGAUGACGAAAACCAGUUUAAGCUCCAGCCCUCUCAAAUACAAUAUUAA